UUAGAAAUGCAAGGCAGAGAAUUCACUGUCAUAUUAUUUAUUUUUUAAAUGCAAUUUGAGCAUUAAAUUUAUUUAAACUCAUUUAGAAUAUGUGGCCCCCCUUGAUUGUCAGUUUCCUUGUCUGCCAGUAGAUAUUUAUUUAAAUUUUGCUUCAAACUUCAUUAAUUUAUUUACAUUUAGACACAUUUGUGCCAAUAUGAAGGACCGACUGGCACAGCUGAAGGAGAAAACAGAUCAAACUCCUGAUGAUGUGGAGAUCCAGGUAGACAAUGAAGACUUUAUGGAUGAGUUCUUUUCUCAGAUUGAAGAGAUCCGCACCAGUAUUGAUAAGAUUGAUGAGAACGUGACUGAGAUAAAGCGCCUCUAUUCUGUCAUCCUCUCUGCACCUACCUCAGACCAAAAGACACAAGAUGACCUGGAAGCCAUCACCAAUGAAAUCAAGAAAUUAGCCAAUAAUGUUCGCAACAAACUCAAAAGCAUCGAGCACAGUUUGGAGUCAAAUGCAGAGGAAAGAGUUUCAGCUGAUACGCGGAUAAAGAAAUCUCAGCAUGCUGUGCUAGCAAGAAAGUUUGUGGAGGUUAUGACGAAGUACAAUGAAGCACAAGUAGAGUUUAGAGAGAAGAGCAAAGGGCGGAUCCAAAGACAGCUAGAGAUCACGGGAAAAGCGACCACUGAUGAGGAGCUGGAGGAGAUGCUGGAUGGUGGCAAUGCUGCUGUCUUCACAGCAGGGAUCAUGGACUCGGCCAUCUCAAAGCAGGCCUUAAGUGAAAUCGAAGCGAGACACAAAGAUAUCAUACGCUUGGAAAGCAGCAUUAAGGAGCUGCAUGACAUGUUUCUGGACAUAGCCAUGCUAGUGGAGAAUCAGGGAAGCAUAAUCGAUAGGAUUGAAACAAACAUGGACCAGUCUGUGGGCUUUGUUGAACGAGCAGUGGCUGACACUAAAAAAGCAGCCAAGUUUCAGCAGGAAGCCCGGAGGAAACAGAUGAUGAUCACAUUGUGUUGCAUUAUUCUUGCGGUCAUCAUUGGCUCCCUUGUGUACAGCUGGUUAAAGUAAAUGUAGAUGUACUUCAAGACCCAUCUCAGAGUGGGUACCUCGACAUCAAUCAAGAUAUGAUGCUCCAGACUCAUAGGCUUUCUUUGCCUUUCUCUCUUUUUUUUAAUCCCUGUUGUUUGUCUUUAUUUUUAUUUUGGUUUUAAUUUCCAACCUACUUUACCGUAGACCUAAAUAUCAAUAUAUAAUGUGUAAUCUGACAUGAACAGUCAGAUUUGUUUGCUAGUUAGACAAACAUACUGAAAUUAUGUGAAAUAAAAUUUUGUGAAAUCAAUUUUUUUUUUUUUACCUGAAGCACUGCUAUUAUCUGUUCAUGCUGUGAUUACCCAAUGGCUUUGUGCUUUAAAAAAGGACUUCUUUCUGAAGUCAGGUUA